UUUACCGCGCGCGCGGCACUGGCGACCUCGCAACAAGCCAUCUUGUCUUCGUCAGUCGUCAGCGCACGGGCUAGCGUUGCAGGAGUUUCCCGUGAGAGCGUGUGUUGUGUUGCUGCCCGGUUGGUGUUGGUGGACGUGAAGCGACAGCAUGACACAAGUCGGGGUGGCGUCAGAAGCAGGCAGGUCCCUACCGCCGCGACCCGCCUAUCCCUGCAGCAUGGCAGGGUUCAACCUGAGCCGCACGCCGCCACGUGGAGCCCGCUCAAGGCUGCUCCAGCGAUCACCACCGGCGCCAACGGCCCCGGAGUGGGGAUAGUGCGACGCGCCACCCCCAAGAAACAACCGCGCAUAUGAUGCGGAUGUGGUCCUGGAUACAAAAGCCCUUUGGACGCCCUGAGGAACGGGCCAAGGGAGAAACUGCUCUAUGUGGUGUGCAUCCAGCCCGAUGCCGAAGCGUCCAGAAAGCCGGACUACCUUGCCACCGUAGACGUGGAUCCAGACAGCGCUACAUACAGCCAGGUGGUCCACCGCCUGCGAGUGACGCACGUGGGCGACGAGCUGCACCACUCGGGCUGGAACGUCUGCAGCAGUUGCCACGGCGACGCGGCCCGGAGCCGAGACAGGCUCGUCCUGCCCGCGCUCGGCAGCGACAGAGUCUACGUGGUCGACACGGGCUCCGACCCGAAGGCUCCCAAGCUGCACAAGGUUUUGGAGCCAGAAGAACUGCAUAAUCUGAAUGUUACGGCUCCCCACACUGCCCAUUGUCUGGGCUCUGGAGAAAUAAUGAUAUCGACUAUGGGCGACAACACCGGCAACGGUACGGGAGACUUUGUACUUGUCGAUGCGUCGACUUUCAAAGUCAAAGGUUUGUGGACAGCUGGAGAAAAAAAGGCAAAAUUUGGGUAUGACUUUUGGUACCAACCGUACCACGAUAUCAUGGUUUCCAGUGAGUGGGGUGCACCGAAAAGUUUCAAGAAGGGGUUCAUACCCGAGCAUACUAUAGACAAGAAUUUGUAUGGCCAGUCGCUGAAUUUUUUCUCUUGGAAAGAGAAGAAGUUGGUACAAACUAUUGACCUAGGAGAAGAUGGUAUAGCGCCUCUGGAAGUACGAUUCCUUCACGACCCCAAAGAGGCGCAAGGUUACGUUGGCUGUGCUUUGCAUUCCAAUAUCUUCAGGUUUUAUAAGGAAGACAGUGGUUCCUGGGCGGCAGAACGUGUGAUAAGUGUGCCUCCGAAGCAAGUAGAAGGCUGGAUUGCACCAAAAAUGUAUGGUAUGGUGUCGGACAUUCUGUUGUCCCUUGACGACCGAUUCCUCUACUUCAGCAACUGGCUUCAUGGGGACGUAAGGCAGUACGACAUAACGGACCGUCGCCGUCCAAAACUGGUUGGUCAGGUGUUCCUCGGAGGCAGCAUUCUGAAAGGAGGCCCUGUCAAAGUAGUACAAGACGAGGAACUGAAGGAGCAGCCGGAACCCGCUGAGGUGAAAGGCAGACGCCUGCACGCCGCGCCGCAGAUGCUGCAGCUCAGCUUGGACGGGAAGCGGUUGUACGUGUCUUCCUCGCUUUAUUCCCCGUGGGACAAGCAGUUUUAUCCUGAAACGAAACAGCGAGGUUCUUGGCUUGUGAAAAUAGACGUGGACACAGAAAAGGGAGGACUUACACUUGAUAAAAAUUUUCUUAUUGAUUUUGGUGGAGAACCCGAUGGUCCAGUGCUAGCGCACGAGAUGAGAUACCCUGGUGGAGAUUGUACAUCAGAUAUAUGGCUUGCAAAUGAGUAAUUUGGACACCAAAUAUUUUCAGAACUGAAAUGGAAAUCUUAUGUUUACAUUUCAUGUAACACAUGAACAUAUAAAUAUCAGAACAUAUCAAUGUUAUUUUUUUGAAAAAAUAUAAGAGUUUUGGUGAAUCUGUAUUUUGUAUCCAUAUAUAGUUUUUUGUGUAUUUUUUGGUUUUUAAAAUAAAUAUCUAAUGGAUUCCAUCAGGAUUUUAAACACAA